AUGUACCAAAAAAAACUAGAAUGGAGCGGGGCCACUGGCGGCCCUCCAGCGGAAGUGGUACUGCGGUUGCAUCCCUCCCCGGUUUCAACACCUCGAGCUAAUGUCUCGUUGACUGACUUCGAUGGCAGUGGUGUAGUGGUCCGAGCGGAGGAAGUGUUGAUAGUGGCAUUCGUCCUCCUGCUAUGGGUGGCCGCCAUAGCGUUAUUCUUCAACCGCUGGGGCAAGAUAAGAAAAAGAUACAGGAUAAUAAUAAAAUCUACACGUUCCCUCUUCUAACAGAGCGUUGAUUCAAAUAUUUGAUAAUAUUAUCCUUUUUAGGGUUUCAUACCAGAAGGGUAAAAAGGAUCUUCCUGCCCGUCUGUUACCAAACUAUCUCUUGACCUAUGAUAGCGAGGCAGUGAAUUGACAUAGAUGAUAUAUUUCCGUUGUUGUUUUUUGCUGUUGCAGUUAUUGUUAUAGAAUAAUAAAAAUAGAUUAAAAUUAAUAUUUAAACGGAACCCCUCGUCCACGAAACCAAAUCGAAUUCGGCUGGUUUUCAUAUGAGAUAGCUAAUAUUGUACGUGGUUUCUUAGGAUGCUCGAGCCGUACCAGCCAAAGUUUCAGCAACAGCACCGGCAGAGCUGCGCUUUAGCGGAGAGUGCGGUAUCAGUGCCGCCCCACAACUCAGUAUUCGUGGGAAGCAUGGGCGGCAUGGCUCUCAUUCCAGAGAGUCCACCUCGUCGCUCCCGUUCCGCAGCCGAUCUCCCCGCUCUUGUACCACCUACAGAUCAUUCCCAUUCCGUCACCCCUAGGUCUUCAAGAGCCGCUUCCUUACAUAGCGCAGUCGACCUCAGAGUAUGUGUGCCCUCACCAAGAACAUCAAGGGCAGCAAGUCUACAUUCAGCUGUGGACAUGCCCCCAGGAUCAGUACAAGUACACGUAAGGGGAUCAGGAAACAAUUUGAACAAACCGAGGAGUCCUAGAAGACUUACUAUAACUAACGUUUAA